GCGACGUUUGUCUUUUGGCAGCCCUUUUCGGAUAGGGAAGAAAAGUUGCCGUAGGAAAAAAAGGAAAGACCAACAGCAGCAACAGCAGCGCGCAGCAAACGGGGACGGCGAAGUAGCAAAAGGUCGGUCGAAAAGAUAGCAAAACGGCGAGCAGAAGGUGAACAGAAACGCCACCAGUCCCUACGUUUGCAACGACGGCAACCAGCAGAAUGACGCUGCCGAGCAGUGCGCGGGUGUACGCGGAUGUAAAUUCGCAUAAACCACGUGAAUAUUGGGACUACGAGAACUACAUCGUCGACUGGGUGAACCAGGAUGACUACCAGCUAGUGCGGAAGCUGGGCCGGGGCAAGUACAGCGAGGUGUUCGAGGCGAUCAAAAUGACGAGCAACGAGAAGUGCGUGGUGAAGAUUCUGAAGCCGGUCAAGAAGAAAAAGAUCAAGCGCGAGAUCAAGAUCCUGGAGAAUCUGCGGGGCGGCACCAACAUCAUCACGCUGCUGGCGGUGGUGAAGGAUCCGGUCUCCCGCACGCCGGCCCUCAUCUUCGAGCAUGUGAACAACACGGACUUCAAGCAGCUGUACCAAACGCUCAGCGAUUACGACAUCCGGUACUAUCUGUACGAGCUGCUGAAGGCGCUCGACUACUGCCACAGCCUGGGCAUCAUGCACCGUGACGUGAAGCCACACAACGUGAUGAUCGAUCACGAGAACCGCAAGCUGCGCCUGAUCGACUGGGGCCUGGCCGAGUUCUACCAUCCGGGGCAGGAGUACAACGUGCGGGUCGCGAGCCGCUACUUCAAGGGGCCGGAGCUGCUGGUCGACUACCAGAUGUACGACUACUCGCUCGAUAUGUGGUCGCUGGGGUGCAUGCUCGCGUCGAUGAUCUUCCGCAAGGAGCCGUUCUUCCACGGCCACGACAACUACGACCAGCUCGUGCGCAUCGCGAAGGUGCUCGGCACCGAGGACCUGUUCGCCUAUCUGGACAAAUACAACAUCGAGCUCGAUCCGCGCUUCAACGACAUCCUGUCGCGCCACUCGCGCAAGCGAUGGGAGCGCUUCGUCCACUCGGAGAACCAGCACCUGGUGUCGCCCGAGGGGCUCGACUUUCUCGACAAGCUGCUGCGCUACGACCACUUCGAGCGCCUGACCGCGCGGGAGGCCAUGGAGCAUCCGUACUUUGCCAUCAUCGUCAACGGGCAGAUGCCGCCACCGCCGACCUCCUCCGCCAAGGGCGGCACCAACUAAACAUGCGCCCUGCCCUCCUCCGUCAUGCCCGUCCACACCACCACCACCACCUUGUCUGCCGCCGCCCUGUCCUUGCGCACCAACGUACCGCAGCGAGGAGGGAGCAAGCAUUUCCACCUUGGACAGCAGUGGAGUAGCAGCAGCAGCAACGGGUGGAUAAGAUGCAGCCGACGCCACCCCACUCCGUUCGGUGUGCCCGUCUCCCUUCCUUUCGCCGCCCUCGGUGGAGGAUCGCGCCUGGCACGGAUGCUGCUGGGAGGAUGUGGUGCGUACGCGGCGCUGCUAACCAUUCACACCUGGGACGGAACGAGAACGACGACGAUGGUGCGUGCUUGUCGGCCGGACAUGACCGAGCGCCGGGGAGGUGUCGAGCGAAAAUGAAGAGUAAGUAGCGCGCUUAAAACGAGUAAGGUUUUGACGGAACGGGCGUGAGAGCGGGAACGCGGGAGCUUUGGAUGCCGUUCUUUCCCAUUCCGGAUUGAGUGCGUGUUCAUUGCCGUGCGCUUUCGCAGAGAGAGAAGAAGAAAAACGAAUAAUCGGCAUAUUGAUAAACACAGAAAAAGAAACGUAUAACAAAACAUGAAGAAAACAGCUAGUAGGGGAAGAAAAAGUUUAGCCCGAAUAUUUGAAACAAACAACAAACAGCAAAACAAAACAAAAAAAGCGGGGAUUAUUUUAGAAUAGGUUCACAUAUGCUAAAUGAGAGAAUUUAAAACGUAGCAGAAAACGCAUUGAACAACUGAGGGAAAGUGGCAAGUACGAAGCGAGAGCGAUUAAAUGAAGGAUCGAGAGAGAGAGAUAGCGAACAGAGAAAGUACGAGUGCGAGUUUGAGGAGAAGAUGCUAAGAACAUCAAAUAAGUAACCUUUCAUGUAAAAUGCGCUUUAUCUCCAUCCCCAUCUUCUCAGCAGGGAGAAAAGCAUAAAAGGGAAAUGGAGGAAAACAAAAGCAAACAAACAUCGGUAAAUCUAGUAAAACAAGGAAUAAUGCAAGGCACGAACAUCAAACCACUAACCUUACGAAGGAUAGGAGUCGUAUAACCGGGGCACACGGCAGCCAGAAAGGACAUGAACAUGUUUUGCCCGCUUCGCCUGUCGUGCCGUGACCGAAGCAUUUGUAGCAAAUCCCAUUCAAACCCCGCAGCAGAAAGCCCCGGUUAGUGGAACGGGUACUAGAAAGCGAAGGCUAGGAAUCACAAGAUAGCCCCUUCACGCCCCACCACCUCACCCGUAAAAACACUCAUUUAUUAGGCAGGAUAAUGAACAUUUCUUAGCACCACAUAUAAUGAUCAUGCUUCAAUGACAUAUAAAUAUAAACCCAGGAUGAAUUCGACAACCGUAA